GACGCUACCAAACUGCGUUACGACCAUUUUGGAGGCUGAUUCAAAAUGGAGUAGAGCAAACGGGAGACAGACUAGCUAAACAUCGCAGCCUCAUCGAAAUCUUACCUGCGUUUUUACCGCACCCGUGAGGAAAUUUGUAACUCCUUUAGAAUGGCCGAAGAAAAGAAGUCAGGCUCUCUGGGCUUCUUCUCCAGCUACGACGAUUUGAGCGACAGCAGCGACGGCAGCGACUCGGACGAGGAGGGAAAGAGUCGGGGGAAGAAAGCGGGGACAGACGCUGCGGCCAGCGGAGCUACCUCCUCCCAGCAAGGGACCAAGCGAGCCGCCGGUGGAGCUCCUCUGCCCAGACCCGACGAGCUGUUCAGCUCCGUGUCCAAGCCCGCCUUCCUCUACAACCCCCUGAACAAGGAGAUUGACUGGGACAGUCUCACGGUCAAAGCUCCGGAAGAGCCCGCCAGAGAGUUUAAGCCAUGGAAGACAAACGCUGUACCCCCACCCGAGAGCUACGCCGCAGAGCCAGAGAAGAAGAGGGGACCUCCCCCGGGCAUGGACAUGGCCAUAAAGUGGUCCAGCGUGUAUGAAGACAAUGGGGAAGAUGCACCAAAGCCUUUCACCGGAAACGCCCGGUUCUUACCCGCGGAGGAGGAACAGUCCGACUCAGAUGAGGAAUCCAAGGACGACCUGUCUGCCAAGAAACGCCGGGUGGAAACCUUCCAGCAGAAGGAGAAGAGGAAGAGGGACAUGGGACAAGCUACCUCUGACAAGAACUUCGUUGAGGAGGAGAAGAGGAUCCUCAGGCAAAAUGUUGAUUGAGGCCUGAACCGCCUGCAAUAAGGAAUCUGUUAUUUAUACAUUUUAUGUUAGCCACGGACACUCACAGAUAAAAGCACAACGGUCCAGAAGGUGGUGUGCUGCAAACAUAAACAGGCAUUUUACCUUUAUGACGACCUCAUUAGCAAUAUUAUUGUUUUGUGUUUAAAGGACAGUCCGUGCACAGCAAAAUAUAGAGUAUGAUAGUAUUGUGUGAUUCUGGUAAAUCCCUGCAGACUAUUUUCCAAAGGUAAAGGAAAAUUCAGGUGUUUUUCAGUCUCAGUUGUAUUUUUCACAAUUUUGGUCAUCAUCCCCACCAGGUGCCGGAUGUUUCAAACUCUGUGGAUACAUAGCUGAAGGCUUUUGCACACCAAGUCUGAUUUUUUUUGUGUGUGUCUGAAACUGCUGCACGUUUAAAAAUAAGUACAACCUCAUGUUGUGUUCAUCAUGUUUCCAAGCCGACUUGGAGCAAGUUCGACUUUGUACUAUUCUUGGGAUCCUUUGAUGUGUGUGUGGUGUGCAUGUGUGUCCUUAGCUGAGACAUAAUGCCAGCUCCUGUUACUCCUGCAACUAGUCCGAGAAAAAUGUUCUUCCUUUUACUGUGCAGUAUAACUCGCAGUGUAUCAAACAGGAACUGCUGACAUCCUGAAGUACACCUAGAAGCCAUCGGGAUAACUCUGAAACUCCUCUUGCUCUUGUUUUGUUGUCAGAAUUAAAUGCACUAUUUUCUUUUUGUUUGUUCAAGAAGUGAGAGGACCAAAAAAAAUCAUCUCCACUGCUUGACAACUCUAUCUUUUCUUAUAUUGUCAGUUUUCAGAACAAAAUAGAAUAAUUAAAGCAUCGGACUCUAAGAGUGCAAGGUUUCUGUGUGCAACGUUUUUAUAUUGGGGUCAAUUUUAAAAAAACGCUUACAAAAAUAGCAGACUUGGUGUGCAAAGUUCUUUAAACUGUGUGUAUGCACGAAGACAGAAAUCUGCAUAUGCAUUCUCUUUACAUUCUGUUUUUGAAAUCUCAGAAGUUAUGGAAGCAGGCGCAAGUGCACAAGAUUUAUUUCCUCUCCCACAAUUAUCUGUUAAUGGAUGUAAAAGGCGUUAUCAGAGCCAUACUCGCGCUCACUCCACCAGCCAUUAGAGCCGUCAGUUAGAAGGGAAAAGUACAGCGGAGUGCUGCGUCAGCGAGCUUCUCCAACACCAUCAGAACAGCUGAGAUUACACAAGAGCAUUAUGAAUAGCUGGUGCUACUUACAGCGUCUGUGCAUAUGUGCGUAAAGUAUCAGUGCAGCAGUACCAUUCCCCGGUCAUCAGUCUAAAAUGUCAGAAGGUGGAUCAAUGAUUAGUCGGUCGAGCUCAUACUGAAAAAGGUUUUAUAAAGCGUGUCACAGCUCAAAUGUAAAGAUCAUUAAUGGGGAAGUAAUAGUUGAUUAACAGAAUAAGAUUCAACAUUCUAAAUUAGAAAUGCUCCUCUGUGUGACUGUGUGGGAAAAAAAAAUUACAUUGGUAAACAACUCAAACAGUUUUACAUUUACUUGUCAUGGCCAUCUUUAAUUCCACGCCCCUACAUGUCACCUACAUCUUUCUGUAGACAGACGUGUCUCCACAUACACUGAGAUGUGCUCGAGGUGCACACUUCUUCCUUUAAAUACCAGUGCAUGCGUGGGAAAAGUCAACAGAUGUUUUUUUUUAAAUCCCUACUCAUCAUCUAUAUGUUCUGCCCUCAGCUCUCUUCCAAGGACAGGGGGAGGAGGGAUAUCACCAGACACAGCUUUACAGCAGGUGGUGGGCAUUACCAAACCGAGCAAUUACACAGGUUCGGUCUGGGGUUUUGGCAUCACCCCUGCUUUGCUUUACCAAACACACGGUUUAGACAACAAGGUGAAAUGAGGCGCGUUUAAACCUGUCUGACGGCUCUUCUUUGAAUCCCUCCGUGUCUCUGUGUCCUCGCAAAGAAGUCGGCAAGUAAAAAUGUCAAUUACAGCCAAUGAAGACCAGAACUAGAAAUCAAAUGUUCAACUUGUUUUAGUUAAAAAGAGCCGAAAUAGCAGUGACGUCUGGCUGAUGGUGGAUUUUUCCUUGGUCAAUGUUUGUCUUGUAUUACAUAACGUAUCUAAUCACUGCUGGAAUAUGACUGUGUUUGUAUUGUGUUUAUAGAGUGACCUUCCUUUAAAAAGUGUGAUUAAAAAUGGCUGUAAAACCUGUUGACAUUUUAA